ACAUAAAUAGGAUCACAUCUCUUGCAAAAGUUUCCCUUUUACCCCUCAUUAAAAUAUUAUUAAAAACCCUUAAGGGCAGAUAUACUUUUUGGUUUCCAACGAUUAUUUUUCUUUUAUUUUUCCUUACUACGGUGAACACACGGUUCAAAUUGCAACGCUUGCAAAACGUAAAUGGGAGUAACAAACCCUGUGCGUCAUUUUAACAAACACCUUACCAACCAAGUACUGGUAUUGGUAAUCAAAGACCUUCCAUUCGAUGCACCACCACCGUCACCGUCACCGUCAGCUGCGCCAUGGACAAAUGACGCUGUCACGGAAGUUCUCCGCUCCAUCUCCCGCUACACCCUCCAAUCACCUCGCUCCAUCGGUCGCCAGAGCGGCUUCCGUCACCGCACCCCGCUGCGGCAGCGCAACCUCAACCUCGAACAUCACAAGUUCUGCAACAACACUCUCGUCUUAGGCCCAGCUGCCCACCAAGACCCCUACAAGGUCCAUCUCGGCUCAUUAAAGGCCCUCGAGUUCUUCCGCUGGGUCGAAGCCCGCUUCGCCUUUGCCCAUUCCGAAGCCACGUGCCGCGAGCUGGCAUGCCUACUUGCCCGUGCCAGCGCAACCAAACACCUCUGGAAUUUCCUCAAACAGUGCCCUCAUGUGACCACCGCCACUGUCACGUGCGUCAUCAAACUCCUCGGAGAGCACGGCCUCGCCGACGAAGCCUUGCUCACCUUCCACCGAAUGAAACAGUUCCGCUGCAAACCUGAUACCCAUUCCUACAACACGCUGAUUUACGCGCUAUGCUGUGUGGGGAACUUCACCAAGGCGCGUUACCUUCUCCAGCAAAUGGAGCUUCCCGGUUUCUGGUGCCCGCCCGACACCUUCACUUACACGAUUCUCAUAAGCUCUUAUUGCCGCUACGGAAGGCUCACCGGCUGCAGGAAGGCCACGCGCCGACGGAUUUACGAGGCCGGGCGUCUCUUCCGGUCAAUGCUUUUCAAAGGGUUGGUUCCCGAUGUUGUGACUUACAAUGCCCUAAUUGAUGGGUGCUGUAAGACGUUGCGCGUGGAGAGGGCUUUGGAGUUGUUCGAUGAUAUGAAGACAAGGGGUGUUGUUCCGAACCAUGUUACUUACGGGUCUUUCAUAAGGUACUAUAGUGCUGUGAAUGAGAUUGAUAAGGGUGUUGAGAUGUUGAGGCAGAUGCAGAGGUUGGGGCACGGGGUUCCCGGUUCGAAUUCAUAUACUCCCAUCAUUCACGCGCUUUGUGAAGCUGGGAGGGUUGUUGAGGCUUGGGGGUUUCUUGUUGAGUUGGUUGAUGGCGGAUCCGUGCCCAGAGAGUAUACUUAUGGGUUGGUUUGUGAUGCGCUUCGCGCUGCUGGGGAGGGUGGCUUGUUGUUGAAGGAGGAUGUGGUGCACAAGAGAAUAAAGGAUGGCAUAUGGAAUAGGUAUAGGCAAAUGAUGAAGGUGAAACCUGUUAUGACUCGCAAGGGCUAUCAAGAGAUGGAGGAACCAGUUUGAGUUUGAAUGCACAAAUCUAAUUUUUUCUGCUUUCAGGGUCAAUUUAUUUAUUGGAUUAGGCGAACACGAUGGGUCUUAAACUGGAUUGAUUUUGCAUUCUUAGAUACUGUAUCACAAUCAGUUGAGAAUGAGCUUGCUUUCAAGAAUAAGGCAUUAUUUACCCCAUGGUUUGUAUAUACAAACUUUUCAGCCAACCAUAGUGCAGCUUAACUCUAGUAACAUAUAUGCAUUUUCAAGAAAUUUUGGUCAGCCUGCAAGGAAAGAGGAGGAGGAUGUAGAGGAAGUGGAAAUUUACCCAAGAAGUCUUCCAGCUGAUUUUGAUCCCGCUACAUUUGAUCCCAAUGAUCAUCGAGGUCCUCCAUCAGAAAGAGUUUUCAGGCUUGUUGAUGAGAUAGCAUCUCUUACGGUAGCUGAAGCCUCAAAAUUGGGUCUUGUGCUGAUGAAGAAAAUGGGUGUGAAGGAGAUGUCUAAUGUGGAAUUUAUAAAAGCAGGAUCGGGAAAUUUGGCUGGAAUGGCAGCGAAAGCACCAGCUGCGGCCAAGGAGGAGCAAAAGCCAGGAAAAACUGUGUUUGAAUUGAAACUGGAGUCCUACGAAGCGGCUUGCAAAAUUAAAAUCAUCAAGGAAGUCCGGGGCUUUAGUGAUUUAGGUUUGAAGGAGGCCAAGAAUUUGGUGGAUAAAACACCUUUUUAUAUAAAGAAAGGUGUUUCAAAAGAAGAAGGGGAGAAGAUAAUGGAGAAACUCAAAGCUCGUGGUGCAAAAGUUAUUAUGUAAUGAUGUAUGUGUUUCAUUUUACUUUUCUGAAAAUUAGAAAAUUUUAUAGUUGCUGUGUUAAUUUUUUUAGCAUGAACUGCAAUUUGAUUUUAUGCAGCUUUGCAACAUUAUUCUUCUGUUCCCUUUUAAUGGAAUAAAUUUUUGUAUUCCUACGUACGA